AUGGCUGCAAUCUCUGCUCUUGGGCUCCUGUCCCUGUGUCAGCUCUUGGCCACAGCAUCAGCUCAGGGAGAGCCAGGCCCUCCUGGUUUGCCAGGCCCACCAGGGCCAAAAGGGGCACCAGGGAAGCCUGGAGCUGCAGGUGAAGCUGGAUUGCCCGGCCUUCCUGGAGUGGAUGGUUUAACAGGAACUGAUGGCCCACCUGGCCCGAAUGGGCCUCCAGGAGACCGUGGUGCACUGGGACCUGCUGGGCCACCUGGACCUGCUGGCAAAGGACUACCAGGACCUCCAGGGCCUCCAGGACCCAGUGGGCUCCCAGGGGGACACGGAUUUCGGGGCCCUUCUGGACCUUUUGGUCUGCCAGGAUUCCCAGGGCCUCCUGGACCACCCGGGCCUCCUGGUCUUCCAGGUGCCCUUCCUGACGGCGGCGGGGACCUUCAGUGCCCAGCUCUGUGCCCACCAGGUCCCCCAGGCCCCCCUGGAAUGCCAGGCUUCAAGGGACACACUGGUCACAAAGGGGAGCCUGGUGAAGUAGGAAAACAAGGAGAAAAGGGUAACCCUGGCCCUCCCGGCCCUCCAGGGAUUCCCGGCGGUGUUGGCCUGCAGGGCCCAAGAGGACUGAGAGGCCUCCCUGGCCCAAUGGGUCCAGCUGGCGACAGAGGUGACAUUGGAUUCAGGGGCCCACCUGGCAUCCCAGGACCUCCAGGCAGAGCUGGAGACCAAGGGAGCAAAGGACCUCAGGGGUUCCGGGGGCCCAAAGGAGACACUGGUAAACCUGGACCAAAAGGAAACCCAGGGGCUCGUGGGCUCAUAGGAGAACCUGGGAUGCCUGGCAAGGACGGGCGGGAUGGAGCUCCUGGACUCGAUGGUGAGAAGGGUGACGCAGCUCCCAUGGGUGCUCCUGGAGAGAAGGGGCCAAAUGGACUUCCCGGUCUGCCUGGAAGAGCAGGUAUUAAAGGCUCAAAGGGUGAACCAGGCAGCCCUGGCGAGAUGGGAGAGGCAGGUCCCUCUGGAGAGCCAGGCAUCCCUGGCGAUGUUGGCAUCCCUGGUGACAGAGGUCUGUCAGGACCCAGAGGAGCAACUGGACCACUUGGCCUCCAAGGCCCCAUAGGAGCCCGAGGUGUCCGAGGCUUCCAGGGCCCCAAAGGUGCCAGCGGUGAGCCCGGCCUGCCAGGCCCGACUGGGAUCCGUGGAGAGACAGGAGACAGGGGUCCUCUCGGUGCUCCUGGUCCCAAGGGGAACCAGGGCAUUGCUGGAGCUGAUGGCCUCCCAGGUGACAAAGGAGAGCUGGGUCCCUUUGGACCUCCUGGCCAAAAAGGAGAGCCAGGAAAAAGAGGAGAACUUGGUCCAAAAGGUGUCCAAGGACCGAAUGGGACAGCUGGAGCACCAGGGAUCCCAGGACAUCCAGGACCCAUGGGUCACCAGGGGGAGAGGGGUGUCCCUGGCAUCACAGGCAAACCUGGACCUCCUGGCAAAGAGGCCAGUGAACAACAUAUCAGAGAACUCUGUGGGGAAAUGAUAAAUGAGCAAAUUGCACUGCUGGCUGCUAACCUGAGGAAGCCCCUGGCUCCUGGGAUGACGGGACGGCCGGGCCCCGCCGGGCCCCCGGGCCCCCCUGGCAGCACGGGCAGCGUGGGGCACCCUGGGCCUCGCGGGCCCCCUGGCUACAGAGGGCCAACAGGAGAGCUUGGCGACCCCGGACCCAGAGGUGACCCUGGUGAAAAGGGAGACAAGGGACCUGUGGGCCAAGGGAUCGAUGGGCCUGAUGGUGACCAAGGGCUGCAGGGACCACCUGGUGUGCCUGGAAUUACUAAAAACGGCCGUGAUGGUGCUCAGGGUGAACCGGGGCUGCCAGGGGAUCCUGGGACUCCUGGCACUGUUGGGGCUCAGGGAACUCCAGGAAUUUGUGACACGUCGGCUUGCAUGGGAGCUGUUGCAGCAUCAACUUCCAAAAAAUCAUAAACCAACAGUACAAGAAGUGAAGAAGUGACUGAAUAUUUAAAUAAACAGUGCAUUGUAAGAAAACAGAAUCCUUCUAGUGCUAAAAGGACAGAUGCUCCUUCUAUUCUAUUAAGUGGAGACUUUGACACAGUUCUAUGAAAAAGAAAGCAUCAGAUGAAAACUUUAAUUAAAGAUGCUUUAUGACUAUCUUUUCCUCCCCCCAAUUAUUUCCCAGAAUUUUUACUGCUAAACAACCUCACCUUUCCUUCCUCCCUUUGCUCAAGAGACCUGCAAGAGGAAGCAUUGCUCCUUUUUACCAUCACCCCCCCUG